AAACAAAUAUCCCUAGUAAAUAUACAAAGUGUUUCUAACCUCACAAGUUUUUCAAGUAAGAAAUUUUUUCCAAAGAGGGAAAGAUUUUUACAAUUCAAAAAGAUCUAGUACAGUCGUAAUGGAAUGCGAAGAUUCUGAUCAAACUAAUAAUAACUCCAUGGAGUUAGAAAAUACUCAACAACGAAAACUGUUCUAUCGUCAAUUACUGAAUCUUGUUGAAACAAUACAUGAGAAGGAGGAGUUGGGUUUGGAAACAGUUAGAGAAAUUGGUCACAUAAUUAAACAACUUACUAUAAUAGAGUCAGAACAUAACAUAAAUGACCGAUACCAAUAUCCAGAAGAGAUUUUUUGGGACUCCAAAGUACUGUCAUCAGCUAGUGGAAUUUUAAAGAAAUGUCUGGAAUCAGUUGAUGUUAAUGUUUUAACGUACGUGCCUUCAGAAUUUGCCGAAAAAAUUGCCACAUUUUGUAAUCCAGAUGGUGACUUUGAUGCUCAAGACCUACUUAAAUUGCUUCCUGAUGUUCAACAAAUAAUUCGACAAGUUCCUGAAUAUAAUUUUGUUUAUGGAACUUACGACAUGCAGAAUUUACCAAAACCAAAAGAGAGAAAGCAAAGACAAAAGAGAGAAAAAGAAAAUUUUCAGAAAAAAGAGCCAGAGAAGGUCACAAAUGUUGAAAAAGAAGAACAAGGGAUUGACGAAAUUGUAAAAAUGUUAUACGAUGUUUUAACUGAAUGUUAUGAGAGAAAUCACGAACGGCCAGUUAAAUAUUAUGAUUAUGUGGUAGAUACUAGUAGUUUUUCAACCACAGUUGAAAAUAUGUUUUAUUGUUCGUUUUUGAUUAGAGAUGGACGAGCCCAUAUGGACUUAGAUAGCAAGGGCGAGCCUUACAUAAAACCUAUGAAAAAAAGACAAUUGAAACAAUUUCGUGACAAUGGUGGCAUCAACUCGCAAAUUAUAUCGGCCAUCACUCUUCCAGAGUGGGAGAUGUUUAACAAAGAAGGGUAUAUUCAAAAAUACAAAGCUCAGAAGUGAUUGAUUUAAUUUUUAAUAAAAUAAAUAUUUUUAGACAGUA